AUGGACUCGCCUCCGAAGAGAAUGACGCGGGCUCGAGCUGCCGCUAAAGCGGGUGAGACCACUGUGAAAACAGCGAAGAUCGUUACUGCGGCCGCAAAAGCUCGAUCUCUUUCAUCUGCAACUGCAAGCACCAAAAGCACAGCUGCAAAGAGGAAGACCAGGGCCGAUGAAAACGACGACGCUGAAGACGAUUUUGACAAGUUCAACACAAGAAAAACAACGAGGGCACGUUCCACGAAGGCGUGUGACAGCGAACGCAGCAGUAUCACGACCGAGGCUACUUCGUCAUCGAACACAGACGUACGUCGCAGGGUUUCAAGAAAGCCUGCGGAUGAAGCAAAAGCCGAAAACAGCACUGGGUUAUCCAGGCUUCGAGGUCGUCCGAGAAAGACACCUUUACAAAACCCAGAACCAGCAGCCGGGGAGUCAACGACAAAAGCGACGCGGCCUCACAAUAGAACCGCCAGCAAAACAAAUGCAGAAGAUACGAGACCCGCAAUGAAGAAGACCGUCAAGUUUCAAGAAGCCGGAAAAGAAAACGUUAGUCUCGCGUCAAAAGCUAAGGCUGCAGCCAGCACGAGCGGACUACGCGUCCGUCCUUCUCGACGUGCGGCUACGGCGAUGUCGAAGUCACCGACAAACUCUUCUUCUGACUCCUUUGAGACGGCCUCCAAGAAACCACUGAGCCCGAAGAAAGUGACCCAGAUGCCAGUUUCCAGAGACAGGGAAAGUUCGGAAGAUGAGCUGGCAGGAGGUGGCGAGCCACGGAUGUUGAUGAAGAGCCCAAUCAAGUCAUCGACAAACCAACACAUCAAUGACAAACCGCUCAAUAUUACAUACGAAACGAACCAGGACAACCAAAUAUUGGAUGCAACUACACGUGCAGCGGUUCCAGCAUCAACACUAGCAUCACCGCCAAGACGACUUCCUACCUCCCCCACAAGAGAUUCAUUAAAGUCGCCCGCAAAGAGGCCAGGUUGCAGCGUUCAGUUACCUGGAUCACUAAUGAAGCCUCGGCCGCUUCCCACGGGAGACCACCAGGAUCAGCCCGCUUUGUUCCAAUCCCCGGCCAAAAGACCACCCUCACCCAUAAAAGGCUCAGUGUAUCCAUUGAUGGUGGGUGGCACGCCCCUUCAUGGCCAGACAUCAGUCCAAACCUCAUUACUUCAAUCCCCAGCCAAGCGAGCAAUGCCUGGUAUGAGGCCGCUGGCAGAUGGAGCAAACAAAAAGGACAUGUUACUUGCCAGGACUCCCAAAAUGCAGCCAAUUGUUGCUUCAAGUUCAAACAUUACUACCUCCGAGCGGCCAUCACAGCUCCUCCUCGCUGAAGAGUCUCAAACUGGAGAGACUGGCGAGCCGGCAGACGACCCCUUUACCGGCCCGAUCGAUAGCCCCAGAUUUCCAGGGCGAAUGUCUGCUGUACUUCCACGCCACGCUGACCCCCUUCUCAAUGGAAAUACUAUGCAAUAUGGAGGCGAUGAUGAGGAACUCGAUCUCUUCCGCUCCCCCGCCUCUCGAGGAAAACCCUGUUUGAGCCACAGCAAAGAUUUGCUCGGCAGUCAGUCCGCCGUCGUGUCAAUCGAAGCAAGUGAAGAAGGUCUCAAUGCCGAGCCAAUGGCGCUGGGAGAAUCGGCUCGCAAAGUAGAAAACGUACACGAAGUUGGGGAUCCUGAAACUCAGAAAUGCUCCGAGGCAGCCGCAGAGACACAUGCAAUUAAAAGAUGCCCGAUGUUUCAACUUCGGGGGAGCGUUCUUAACCCAUGUCACGACUUUGAAUCUGAUUUUGAGUCUGAAGAUGACUUAUCUCCUUUGAAGCAGCUUCCGGUGCAGCAGAGCUGCCCGGGCCGCCGGUCCGAGAAGGGACGUAACUCUAUUUAUGCAACCCAAAGAGCCUCACGAAGAUCUACUCUUGGGUUGACAUCUUUGGCUGAGCAGUUCGGUGCCUGGGCGCCUGUUAGCUCUAGAAAAGCGUCUAUAGACCACUCGAACGUCGCCAAAGAUGCACAUGGCGACAGUGCUACGGCCGUUACACCGACGCGCACGGGCAUCACCGACUCGGAGACUAUAUCCAUGUCGAAUUCGUUUUUCGAAGAUGAGAUUCUAGUCCACUCUGGCCUAGAACAACCCCGCAAGCAUGAUAAAGCCCAAGCAGAGCAGGGUGUCGAUGAUGAUGCCAUUACCAUGGAGGAUAUUGUUAUGACAGAUGAAGACGUUGCUCUUGCUGCAGAAGCCAACAACAUGUCUCUCAUGGCGGACCACGCUGAUGGCAGCAAUGAAACCCAACGCCUAGACGAAGUUCUUUCAGAAGCCAGCCAGGAAUACGGGGACGAGAACAAAUUCCCCGUGGACCCGUCUCUCUCAUCUGAAAGAGACUUAACACAGUCUACUCCCUCGCGGCCAUUUCAACAGAGGCCCUAUUUUACUACAACCAAAAUACCCUUGAAGCCAGCAGACGAUUCUGAACCAAGUCCCUGCAAGAAGCGCGGCCGUAGUGCUUCUCACAUCUCUGCUGAAAGCGCCGGGAAGUUGCCUAGGAGCGCUACGGUUAUUUCAUACUCGCCAACAAAAGAAAAACAAAGAAUGUCUAUACUUUCUCCAGAGGGUCCGUUCUCUAUCCAAGCCAGCGGGGAUCUAUGGUCAUAUGCCGGUACCCCAGGACGGACACCUCGUCGAGAUAUCAAUUCAGGGCUACUUCGUGGAGCUGUGGUGUUUGUUGAUGUACAUACUACAGAGGGGGCAGAUGCCAGCGGAAUUUUCGUGGAGCUUUUAAGUCAAAUGGGUGCUAAGUGUGUCAAAACCUGGUAUUGGAAUCCCACCGGCUCACUGAGCAGCGAAGGCUCCACAAGUAAAGUCGGGAUAACUCAUGUUGUGUUCAAGGAUGGUGGUAAACGAACAAUGGAAAAGGUGCGGCAAACCAACGGGGUUGUUCAUUGUGUAGGGGUCAGCUGGGUUCUGGACUGCGAGCGCGAGAACAAAUGGCUCGACGAAUCACACUAUUACAUCGACACUGCUCUGAUUCCUCGGGGAGGCGCUAGACGCCGGAAGAGCAUGGAGCCCAAAGCAAUUGCAAACCUCAAUGGAAUCAUCGUAUCUGGGUCUACCAAAUCAUCUAAAACGCCAAGCACGCCAAAAAAUCGGAGGGAGAGCACGAUGUGGAUGCACACUCCGUCUGAUCAGGGCGAACAGGAUGAUGAAGACCUGGAAUGGUCGUGUGCAUUGCUCACUCCGGUACCCAAGACCCCGGCCCCGGAGACAAUAGCAAAAUACGCGGCCGACCUUCCUCAAACCCCGUCUUGGGAAGAUGUAUCAGACAUUCCCUCUCCAUUAAAACAGAGCCUUCUAACAAGGACGUGUCCACCGAAGGAAAGCAACUAUCGUGAUCUCGGCGAAGGGAUUUUGAGCCAGGAGAAGGAUGAAAGGGUAAUGAUGAGGCUUAUGGCGGCUAGGCGGAAAAGCCUUCAGUUCGCCCCAAAGAUUGGCAGCCCUCUAGCCAAAACCUGGGAGUGA